GCGUCAGGGAGCUCCCUUGCCGGGCCUUUGGCGGCCUGAUGGAGUAAGAGGGGUUGGCUGUGAAUGUUUGAUGUUGAGUGCUUCAGAUCUGGUCACUAUGGUACGAGAACGAAAAUGCAUAUUGUGCCACAUUGCAUACAGCUCAAAAAAGGAGAUGGACGAACACAUGCGGAGCAUGUUGCAUCACAGGGAACUUGAAAACCUGAAGGGCAGGGACAGUAGUCAUGAGUGCCGAGUAUGCGGGGUCACAGAAGUGGGUCUUUCUGCAUAUGCAAAGCACAUUUCUGGCCAGUUGCACAAAGAUAAUGUGGAUGCCCAGGACAGAGAAGAUGAUGGGAAGGGAGAGGAAGAGGAGGAAGAUUAUUUUGACAAGGAACUCGUUCAGUUAAUAAAACAAAGGAAAGAACAAAGUCGACAAGAUGAGCCUUCCAAUAGCAGCCAAGAUAUAAACUCUGAUGACAGGCAACCUCAAUGGAGACGAGAAGACCGAAUCCCUUACCAAGACAGAGAGAGUUACAGCCAGCCAGUGAGGCAUCAUCGUGGACCUCCACAGAGAGAUUGGAAAUGGGAGAAAGAUGGCUUUAAUAACAGUAGAAAAAAUAGCUUUUCACAUUGUUUGAGAAAUAGUGGUGGACCAAGAGGAUGUUCUGGGUGGCAUAAAGGUGUUGCAAGAAGUUCCUCAACCUGGUUUCACAACCAUAGUAAUUCUGGAGGUGGUUGGCAUUCAAAUAGUGGGAUGGUAGAUUGGAAUUAUAACAGUACAGGAAGGAAUUCCAGUUGGCAUUCUGAAGGAACAGGUGGCUUUUCCAGUUGGCAUAUGAACAACAGUAACGGAAACUGGAAAUCCAAUGUACGUAGUACAAAUAGUUGGAAUUACAAUGGCCCUGGAGACAAAUUUCAACCAGGCAGAAACAGAAAUUCUAACUAUCAAAUGGAGGACAUGACUAUGCUUUGGAAUAAGAAAUCUAAUAAGUCAAGCAAAUAUAAUCCAGAGAGAUAUAAAUGGCAGUGGCAAGAUAAUGACAAAAUUGGUACAGUUGCCACAUAUAGAAGUCCUUCUGAAGAAGGAUUUACAAGUGAUAAAUUUCCUUCAGAAGGCUUACUUGACUUCAAUUUUGAGCAGCCAGAAAGCCAAACCACUAGGCAGGCAGACAGUGCAGCUUCCAAAAGUAGUGGAAAGAAUGGCAGUGUAGCAAGGGAAAAGCCUCGUCGCUGGACUCCAUAUCCUUCCCAGAAGACUCUGGAUUUACAGUCAGGAUUGAAAGAAGUCACCAGUAACAAGUCAGAAAUGAUAGAUAAACCUCUCUUUGAUUUUAGCUUGAUUACCAUAGGAAUACAAGAACCUCAAACUGAUAAAACAAAUAUCUCCCCAAUACUAAAAACACAAAAAGAAAUACAUACUGGAUCUCUUAAUCACAAAACCACUUCUGACUGCACUGUUUCCUAUGAGGUGGUAAGAGAUUGCCCCAUUGCAGAAAAACCUGAACAAAAGCAUGAUUCAAAUAGGAUUCCUUCAUUGAAAUCCCCACUCCUUCCACUUCCAGCCACUAAAUCAGUUUCUCAAAAGCAAGAUUCAAAGAAUCCUUCAAACACCAAAGCAAAUUCUUUUUCCCCUGGAGAACACUCAGAUCCCUUGAACAAACCCACUUUAGAAGAUAGACAAGGUUCUCCUUACAUAUCCAAAUUGCGAAGUUCAUGUCCUCAUGUUUUAAAAGGGAAUACAACUACAUCUGGCACUCAAAAAAAACCUGAUGAUAAUUUAAAUGAAACAUUACAAAAAGCCAAAGAAGUGCCAGAGUGUCAUGAGACAUUGCAAAAUCCACUUCUUAGCACUUCUAAGAGGACCAGUAACUUUGCAAAGGCAAGUAGGAAUGUAGAAGAGUCUGAAAAGGGAUCUUUGAAGAUUGAGUUUCAAGUGCAUGCAUUAGAAGAUGAAAGUGAUGGAGAGACAUCUGAUGUAGAAAAGCAUGGAACAAAAAUUGGAACUCUGGGUUGUGCAACUACAGAAGUUUUAUCCUGCAGCACUCACACUGUUGAAGAGAAAGAACAGGAUGAACAGAUUUUGAAAACACCUCGGAAAUUUUCCACCUCCCCUUGUAAUUCCACAGUUCACCAGAAUGAGUCUGAAUUACAAGUGGCAUCUGCAGCUAGUCCACACUCUGGCUUAUUGCUAGACUUGAAAACCUCUCUAGAAGAUGGACAGGAUGACAACCCUAUUAAAUCUCAUAUAUCUUUUGAAACAGAAGGCUUUGAGAGUACUAGUUUAGAUGCUGAGCUUCAAAAAAGUGAUAUUAGUCAGCCCUCUGGUCCUCUCUUGCCUGAACUAAGCAAGCUUGGCUUUCCUGCCUCACUUCAGAGAGAUCUAACCCGGCACAUUAGUUUGAAGAGCAAAACUGGAGCACACCUUCCUGAGCCAAACCUCAAUAGUGCUCGCCGUAUUCGCAAUAUUAGUGGUCAUCGAAAGAGUGAAACAGAGAAGGAGUCUGGACUCAAACCAACCCUACGACAGAUUCUAAAUGCAUCUCGGAGAAAUGUCAACUGGGAACAGGUCAUUCAGCAAGUAACCAAGAAAAAACAAGAGCUAGGCAAAGGCUUACCCAGGUUUGGCAUAGAAAUGGUACCUCUGGUUCAAAAUGAGCAAGAGGUCUUGGAUUUAGAUGGUGAUCCUGAUCUGUCUAAUUUAGAAGGAUUCCAGUGGGAAGGUGUUUCCAUUUCCUCAUCUCCUGGGUUGGCCAGAAAGCGAAGCCUUUCUGAGAGCAGCGUGAUCAUGGAUAGGGCUCCUUCUGUGUACAAUUUCUUCAGUGAGGAAGGUACUGGCAAAGAAAAUGAGCCCCAGCAGAUUGUUUCACCUAGUAACUCAUUGAAUGCUGCACAGAGUCAGAAAGCAACGAUGUGCCUUAAACAGGAGUUGACACCUCUGACUGCCUCCCUCAGAACAGGUGAAAAGUCUGAAAAUGUUGCUACCCGAAGGCGUCAUAGUGCACAAUUACCCUGUGAUCAUAUAAUACCUUUGAUGCAUUCAGCAAAAGACCUAAACAACCAGGAGAGGUCUACACCACCAUCAGAGAAUCAGAAUGCCCAGGAGAAUAAUGGAGAAAGAAACUCUCUCUCAUCAAAUGCAUCCUCACUCCUUGCAGCCUCCAGUUUAGCAGAUGCAGCCACUGAUAGCAGCUGUACCUCUGGUGCUGAACAAAAUGACAGCCAGAGUAUUAGAAAGAAACGAAGAGCCACCGGAGAUGGAUCUUCUCCUGAACUCCCAAGUCUUGAGAGAAAAAAUAAAAGAAGGAAAAUUAAAGGGAAAAAAGCAGAACGUUCUCAGGUUGACCAGCUACUGAAUAUUUCCUUAAGAGAGGAAGAACUAAGCAAAUCACUGCAGUGCAUGGAUAAUAACCUUCUGCAGGCCCGGGCAGCUCUGCAGACAGCAUAUGUUGAAGUUCAGAGGUUGCUCAUGCUCAAGCAGCAGAUAACUAUGGAAAUGAGUGCACUGAGGACUCAUAGAAUACAGAUUCUACAGGGAUUACAAGAAACAUAUGAACCUUCUGAGCACCCAGAUCAGCUUCCCUGUAGCCUCACUCGAGAACAAAGGAACAGUAGAUCUCAGACAUCUGCUGAUACCACGCUGCUGCCUAAUCCUUUUUUCCCAGUUUUUCUGGAGCCGCCUCCUUCCCAUGUAUCCCCAUCAUCCUCUGGAGCCCUUCUCAAAGUAACUACAUCUCCUGCUUUCCAAGCCCCUGGGAGUGUCCCUGCUCCAGACUCAUCAGUUCAGAUUAAACAAGAGCCCAUGUCUCCUGAACAAGAUGAGAAUGUGAAUGCUGUAUCACAAGUCUCUGCUUGCAGUGUAUCCAAGGAAUUACCCCAAGUUAAUAGAGAAAUCAGUUGUCCAGUUUAUCCAGUCAUCACUGCAGCAUUGUCCUUAUCAGAGGUAACAGAAAAUUGCCAUGAACUUAUCCAAGAUCUGAAGUUUCCUGUGGAGCAAGCAAAUACAAGAAACAGGGAAAACUCUCCCUCUUCCCAAUCAACAGAUCUUCUUAGCAUAAAUAAAGACAGUGAAGAGCCAACCAAAGGCAACAGUGGGUCUGAAGCAUGUAGCAGUUCGUUUCUAAGAUUAUCUUUUGCUUCAGAAACCCCUUUGGAGAAAGAGGCUCAUUCUCCAGCUGACCAGCCUGAGCAACAGGCAGAAUCCACUUUGACAUCAGCUGAAACUAGGGGAAACAAGAAAAAGAAGAAACUUCGGAAGAAGAAAACUCUACGAGCUGCCCAUGUUCCUGAGAAUAGUGACACUGAACAGGAUGUAUUUACUGCUAAACCUGUAAGGAAAAUAAAAACUGGAAAAUUAACUAAAGGGAGUAAAGUAACCACCUCUACCUGGGAAGAUAGAACUGGUCAGGAGCAAGAGAGUGUCAGAGAGGAGGCAGACAGUGACUCAUCCCUAGAAGUUCUAGAAAUCCCUAAUCCUCAGUUAGAAGUAGUAGCUAUUGAUUCUUCUGAAUCUGGAGAAGAGAAACCUGAUAGCCCAUCUAAAAAAGAUAUUUGGAACUCUGCAGAACAAAACCCACUAGAAGCUUCUCGUUCUGGUUGUGAUGAAGUUAGCUCUACCAGUGAGCUUGGUACCCGCUACAAGGAUGGCAUCCCUGUGAGUGUGGCAGAAACUCAAACUGUGAUCUCCUCCAUAAAAGGAUCAAAAAACUCUUCAGAAAUAUCUUCAGAGCCAGGAGAUGAUGAUGAGCCCACAGAAGGAAGCUUUGAGGGGCACCAAGCUGCAGUGAAUGCUAUUCAGAUAUUUGGAAACUUACUGUAUACCUGUUCAGCAGAUAAAACUGUCCGAGUUUAUAAUCUGGUGAGUCGGAAAUGUAUUGGUGUGUUUGAGGGCCAUACUUCCAAAGUUAACUGCCUUCUGGUUACUCAGACUUCUGGAAAGAAUGCUGCCCUUUACACAGGUUCCAGUGACCACACCAUUCACUGCUAUAAUGUUAAGACCCGAGAGUGUGUGGAGCAGUUACAUCUGGAAGACCGGGUUCUCUGCCUCCAUAGUAGAUGGCGAAUUCUUUAUGCUGGACUAGCAAAUGGUACUGUGGUGACCUUCAACAUAAAGAAUAAUAAACAGCUUGAAAUCUUUGAAUGCCAUGGCCCUCGGGCAGUCAGCUGUCUUGCCACAGCUCAAGAAGGCGCCCGAAAGUUGCUGGUUGUGGGAUCUUAUGACUGUACAAUCAGUGUACGUGAUGCACGGAAUGGACUGCUCCUCAGAACUCUGGAGGGCCAUAGCAAGACCAUUCUUUGCAUGAAGGUGGUGAAUGAUCUUGUGUUCAGUGGCUCCAGUGAUCAGUCAGUUCAUGCUCACAACAUUCAUACUGGUGAACUUGUACGGAUCUAUAAAGGUCACAAUCAUGCAGUGACUGUGGUGAAUAUCCUAGGAAAAGUGAUGGUGACUGCUUGCUUGGAUAAAUUUGUUCGUGUCUAUGAAUUACAGUCCCAUGAUCGACUGCAAGUUUAUGGAGGACACAAAGACAUGAUUAUGUGUAUGACCAUCCAUAAAAGCAUGAUUUAUACUGGCUGUUAUGAUGGCAGUAUUCAGGCUGUGAGACUAAAUCUGAUGCAGAAUUACCGCUGUUGGUGGCAUGGUUGCUCUCUGAUAUUUGGUGUUAUAGAUCACUUAAAACAACAUUUGCUGACUGAUCACACUAAUCCAAACUUUCAGACUCUGAAAUGUCGCUGGAAGAACUGUGAUGCUUUUUUCACUGCUAGGAAAGGAUCCAAGCAGGAUGCUGCAGGACACAUUGAACGACAUGCUGAAGAUGACAGCAAAAUUGAUUCAUGAAGUUUUUUGCCUCCCAUGUUGGGAAGUCAUUACAUUAGUAGUUGAACUGUUUUCACAUAGGCCCCUCACACUAGCCACUGUCUUCCUUUCUCCGGUGAAAUGGGGAAGGAGAAAGGGGGUUAGCAGUCAGGCUAACAACUAGCAUAAGUCUGGGCAGCUCUGUGGGUUGAUAGAGUACACUUCAAGUUCAUGCUGGAGGGUUUAAACAGUCAAACAGAUUUUAAGGAACCAUCCUCUGUGACUGCAUGACAUUUAGUGAUUUAUGCUGCUACCAUUCUUCAGAUGUUCAUUGAAUAUCCAGAUCUUAGUUGGUUACCUAGUUUGAUCCUAAUCAUACAAACAUAUUUUGUUGAUUUCAGUUUGUGAUUUCAAGUGUAUGUUCUUAUGAUGGUUUAGACCUGUAGUCAGGCUUUUAAAUACAUUUUGUUCAAAUGGUAGGUUUUCAGGAUUAGUUUUAAUUUCUCCAGUUAAAACAACUGGAUAUUUAAAUUGUAAGCAAAUCAUUUCCUUUCUUAAAAAUUAUGUGCAGUGUGUUUCACUAAUCACCUGCUUUGUAGAUGGACAGAACUGACUUUAAAUGCUAACGGACACACAGAUUUUUUAUAAAUAGCUAGAAUAACUGCUCUGUUCACUAUUUUAGAAAUUCAAAUGUUUAAGUCCCAUUAUGUAACUCCUUUCAAGUUGCUUUCCCUAGUGAACUUCAGUGCAAAUUUUGAUAAAGUGCUCAGUGUGAAGAAACGUGCCAACCUAAUGUCUGUCUACUUUUCUGUUUUGCUGUUAGACUUGGGUGCUGCUCACUGCUACAGAUAUUUUCAGGCUGUUUGAACUGGAAGUGUAUAUUUGUCUCCCCAAAUUUCUGACUCUCCAAACUUCUUGUGGGUUUGAAACCUUUUGGUUUACUUUAUUGCCUACCCCCAUCUCUUACUGUUGAACCCAUACUGAUGGCAAAUCAAGUAUUCCUUUGGACUCACAGAGUGAUUUCAACCCAACUGCAGCACCCAAGAAGGGAGAGUUAGAAUAAAGCAUCUGGAUAUAAUUUUUAGGGCCUCAGGCAGGCUUAUUAGAGACUUAUUUCUGAAGCCAGUGUCUUUACUUUCACUUCCCUGCUAGCUGGGAGAGGAGAGGAUUAUGGUGAAAGGAAAGGCUGUGUCCAUUGGAAACAUCCAAAUCACCAAAGACUUAGUGGAACUGCUUUGUUUCUAGAUUUUCUCUAGACUCUUACCAGUAAAGCUAUACAUAUAUUACUUUCUAACCUUUUGUUUCUGAAUUCUCAAAACUCAGAUUCUUCAAAGAGGCCAAGAAAAGGAGAGGGAGGAGCCCUGUUCACUUACUGAGCUACAGGGUGUGUGACACCUACAGUUUCUUAGGAUUGCCAGCAUCCAAGUUUAUCCCCUGUUAGUGCACAUGUCUUUGAGUAUCCUUCCCUCAAGUUCCAGAGUAGGGGCUUCCCCAGGGGCUCAUAGACAGGUGCAAGAGGGACUGAAACUCCCCUGAAAUUGUAUACAAGACUAAGAAUGUGGUUUUUUUUCCAGGAAAGGUUCUAGUGGUUGUUACUGGAUCUAGAAAAUGUUAAGAACUAAUGUAGGAGCUACUACCAGAUAAUGGAUGGCUCCACAAGCUAUUUCUGUGCUUGUGAGUGGAAAACUCUUGUUAACCACAUAUUUAGGUUUGCAUGAUGCUGUAUAGAGAACAGAGAAGAUCCUCUUGAUAAAGUAUAUUUGCACUGUUUCUGUGUGGGAUUAAAAGCUUUUCCUGCCUCUCACCUCCAUUUCCUGUAAGGGUAACAAGAGAAACCACACUGUUCAGAGCUUGGAAAUAGUAAUUUCCAGGAAAGUCAUUUUGGAUUUGUUGCUAAACCUGGUCUUUUUCUGAACUGCAGUGACUGCAUUUCCACAUUGGCAGGGCAGUGUGCUAAGAAAGCCUGGUGCAUAGGUGCUCUGUUCUGCCCAAGGAUGUGUCUGAAACAACCAUGGUGGAACUUUUGUAUAGCAGGAAAGGGGAAUGUAAAGUGUUGGGCAGUCAAGGGGAACCUUUGAGGGUAUUGCAGACUGGUAGGAUAGGUAAGAAGUGUGAUUUGGAUUUAACUUGGUAGACUCAUGUGCAUGUAUCUACCUCUGGAUAUGUAUGUGUGAAAGUUCCUUUGUAUGCAUAUAUAUGGGUGGGCACCUGUGCUUGUGGUAUUUUUUAUUUCACAAAAGAUUUCUUUGAAAAAGUGGUAGUAAUGUGUUCAUUUUAAGAACAUGUGAUAUUCUAACAUCAGGUUCAAGUGUUAUCUAGAAUGAACUGUCUAGCCCUCUGUUGAGAAAUAAAGGGACCAUAAGCAUUUCAGUUGUUUAUGGUUGUGUUAUCACCUUUAAGCGCCUUAAGUUAUGCAAAACUUUCGCUGUUUUUUAGGUUCUCCACGAUAUUGUUACAGCUGUCGCUUCUUUCCCCUUACAGAAGAGCUGUGGCUCAGGGUCUGUGCUGAUUCUGCUGUUUAGAGGCUUCAAGAGGAAGGACAUAGUUUAACAACCUGACAGAACAGGCACGUUUCUUAUAAGUAAUUGGAGGCCAUUUGUAGAAUGUGAUUUUUAAUUGUUUGUGCCUAUUCUAACAGCUCAGAGCCAAGAAAACCAUAAAUUAUUUUAGAAAGGCUGUUGAAGAUCUUUCUUCUAUUAAAGAUGUAUAUGCCCUUGAGCUGCUCCAGCACCCUUGGUUUCAGACUUUUUAAAUAUUGACUAUGGAUAAGAAUGAAACACUUGACUGCUAAAAUGUGUACUAGCAUAUGCUAAUGUUUUAAUGGCAGUUCUGAUAAAAUAUCAGUCACUUCAAAUUUUAUGCAAAAAUUUAAUUAAAUUCAAAAAAUAUUUUGGCAUAUUCCUCAGUUACAAAACAAACAGUGGAAACAAAAAGAGCGAAGAGUUAUCUUGACCUGAUGUUAUUCAAAUUUGAGAGCAAGUCAUUACUUUUACACUCCUUCUUUGGUGGGGAAAAAAUUCUAAGAAUUAGAAGUUGAGUGUUUAGCUCAUUACCUACAUACAGUUUAUAGACAAAACUGUUUCUGCUUAAGUGAUUAUUUGCUUAAUAAAAGUUUCAUUUUGUUCUUUUUUCUGAACAACUUUAGUGACUUAGGCAUGUGGCCAGUUUGGUGGGAGUAGAGGAAUGGCAUGGAAUUUUCAUUGGAAAAGACUGAAGUAUAUUGUAAAGUGGGAUUUGGACAGCCUGUACACUCUGGUUUGCUCAAAUAAUUGCAGUUUACGUAGGCUUUCUUCUAAAUUUUGAUUCUGUUACCUAAAGGAGAGCUCCUAGCAUUAUUAUGAAGGCCGCACCUGCCACUUUUAUAAAACAGUGGUUUUAUCCCUGCCACAAGUCAGUAGGACCCUCAGGGUUUAAGAGAAGAGAUCUUAUGGAUAGGAAAGAGGCUGUGAUGGAGGCAAUUUGGGCUGUGAGUUCCAUACAAGUGGAUGAGGAAUCCUCAUUUAAAUCAGACUUACUGUUAUAGACACCAGCUUCUAACUUCACCUUCAACCCAACUAUGACCUGCUGGGUCAUAUAGUGACUGAAGUUUCCCAGAGUUACUCUAAAUUUAACUUCAGUCAUAUAGUGACUGAAGUUUCCCAGAGUUACUCUAAAUUUAAGAUAGUACACCAGUGAAUUGGGUACAGAGGGGGUCAAGAAAGGCUGUUGAAGAUCUUUCUCCUGUUAAAGAUAAAUAUAUGCCCUAGAGCUGCUCCAGCACCCUUGAUUUCAGAUUUUUAAAAUAUUGAAUAUGGAUAAGAAUGAAAUACUUGACCGCAGAAAUGUUUAUAAGCAAAUAGCCUAGUCUUCUUACGUUUUGGUAUAAAGCUGUGAACUUCAUAACUUUGUAAAGCAAGAUAUAAAGCAAAUACGAGAGGAAAAUAAAGUAAUUUUUACUAAUCA